UACAGAAUGAACUGGAGGAAGUGACCGAGAAACUUUCAGAACAAAUUGCGCGCCCAUAUCUAAGAACUCCUCGUUCACUCAUCAUUCAAACUACUGCUUUAGUGCGUCGCAAGAGACAUGAAUUUGUCAGAGCUGUUAAUAAAGGACUUGUACCACCAGAAACACCUCCCAUACUACGUAAAAAUCGCAAGCGCCGGUUCCCUGGCAUCAUUCCUGAUAUUUUGAAUGAUAAGGACCUUUCGCAAGCUAUUGCAGCAUCUCUUAGAGAAAUGGAUCCAAACGAUUCUUUGACCCAGGAAAUUCUAAACAACCAUGUUGUACAUCCUCCUGAUUAUGAUUCUGACGAUGAGGAGAUGUCAAAUCCAGCAGCUGCACCUAUGGCUUUGUGUGCAAGAUUUGGUUGUGUACGUCCCUGUGCUCGAAACACUCGAACACAGAGUUUCCAUAUGUACUGCAGUUUAAGAUGUUCUCGAGCGGCGAAGGGCACUACAUCCAGUGGAGGAGAUGCUUACAAUAUAGAUUUAGUGAUUGCUUUGGAAAUGUCAAGGCUUCAGAUGAUUGAAGAUGAGUUGAAACGGCAUCAAAUGCAGGUUACCUCACACGUGUCAAAUUUCCCUGAGAACUGUGAAGCUCAAGCAAUUGCAAGUCGACCACCAGCGCCGCUCCCUGCAGAGGCUGAGAACACAGCCAGCAAAGAAAGCACUGGUGCACAUCCUAAGCAGGAGAGUUUAGAUGAGCAAACAAAGUUAGCAAUGCAUCUGUCUCUUCAAGAUCCCAACAGACUAAAUGAAAAAUUAGAUCUAAUAGAAACAAAAAAAGAUUUUAACUGUGAGGGAAAAACAGAUGCCUACAAUAAGGAUACAAGGGAUAUGACCAAAGAUGCACUUCAAGAACAUUCUGCAAAUUCACUCUCAGCCAAUGGUUUAGAGUACCAAAACGAAGAAACUAGUCAAGGGAGCAAUAUCAAUUCAUCGUGGAGAAAGCCGUUAACUGACACUUCAUCCCUUAUGGGUGAUUUUAAACAUGAACCAGGUGAAGAUGGCCGUUUUGAAAUUGGGGACAUACAUGAGAAUGGCCUUUUCAAUGAUUCAGCAAUCCGAAGCAGCAAUGAUGAUGAUGAAUUUCGUAAUUACAACCACUUCGAGGAGGACGAUACCUCAGAUGGAAGAUCCUUGAAACGGUCACAUUCUACAGGAGAUCUUGUGCCACGUCGCAGCUGGCGACUUAAAAGAGGAGAACCACGGUAUCACUUAGACUCAGAUCAUUCUAGUCAACAUGAUGAAAAACCAGAAGAAAUGGCCAGACGUAUUCUAAAGGCUGAGCGCCACACAUUAUUGUUAGUUGGACUUCACGGUAGUGGUGGCAGUACUGCUGGUAGCACAGCAGAGAGCACCGCAGGGAGCACAGCAGAUGACACUGGUGUGGACUAUGGAAUGCAGUCAUCUCUAGAUGAAGCAAGCACAGUUUGUGAUACAAUAAAUGCCGAUCUUGAGGUAUGUGGUAUUUUGAACAGCUGCAAACAAGUGCGUAAACCAGGUGAAGUAAGAUCAAUGAGGAGCUUUGCAAAUCUUGCUUCAAUUGGUAAAAAACCUGCGCUUGACUUGGAUCUAGAAUUUAUUGAUGAGUGUAGUAUGGUUGCCACUCAACCUUCUCUUCAAGCUCCUGGGCUACCUGAAGAAAACAAACCUCUUGACGUCAGAGGAAAAGAAAUUAAAUGGAUGAGAGAACCUCCAACGUCCUCUGAGGCUCACUCAAGUUGUGCAAAUUUUGCUGGGCCCUCUAACAGUACUGUGACAAGUUGUAAUAAGCAUUUCAAAACCCCUGGAAGUAAGACUCCUGGUGGAGCUACAGGUCUCCGCAUCCGAAUAUGUGAAUCACCUCAGCUUGCUCCUUCUCCACUGCCUGGUAAAACAUUACAAGAGACUGAUAGUUCUAAUGAGUAUGAAUCAGAGACUGGAAUACCAAAAUCGCCAACACUUUUUAUCAGUGGAGUAUCGAUAAGUAGAACUCCUGAGCCUCGAUCCCCUGCUUUAUCAGUGUCUACUGCUGGGAGACAGUCAAGAUCCUCUAGUCUAACAGUCCCUGCAGCCCCUUCUUCCCCAUCUUCUAUAGAGGCUGAACUUUCUCCCAAUCUUUCUCCAACCCCUUGCAUCUCUCCUUGCUUAACUACUGCCCCUGGGUCACCCAGGGUUCACUCUGGAACCCAUUCAAACACUCCUUCCCCCAUUCUUAGUCCCCGACCAAACAACAAUCAGCAGCAGCCCUCUGCCAAAAGUAAAUCAGCUAGUGAACCUGAACGGGAAAGAGAAAUGUUUCGAUUUCCUAAAUCUUCGACUGAUGGUGCUCUGAGUUCAGUUCUUCAUGUUCAGGAGAGCAACCUAAGCUCAGACGACUUUCAUGAGGCCUUAUUUCUUUUAGAACGUAGCAAAGCCGUUGGUCCUAAUGUUGUGGCAAAAAAACGUAAAAAGUCUAAAAAGGAGAGGGACAAAGAUAAAGAGAACAGUAGUGCUGGUGGAAGCAGUAAGCCGCUUGACCUUAUAGAGGCCAGUUCUGUGCUAUAAUAUGGUGGUCUCUGCCUCACUGUAAUUUUUAGUUCUGUCAAACAGCUAUAUAAUUCACUUUAUAUUUCUGUGUUUUACAUCUGUUCAUGAUUUUCUGAAAGUCAUGUAUUAGACUGAAGUUAAAAAGCAAAGAUUUAGUGGUAAGACCUAAAAAUUUAAAAGUGCUUUAUGUAUAGAUUAUAGCCGCAACACUUCCUAACACUUGGCACUCUUUCGUUCUUGACUGGUCUUUGUAGUGAACUUUUCUUGUCUUGCAUUAUAUUGAUUCUAGUAUUAUUUUUCUCUGUUAUAACAUUUAUUCUUUGUAUGGACUUUGAAAUUUGACUGAUAUAUACCAUUUCACCUAUUAUCUAUCCUAGAAUCAGGAUGUUCUCUCUCUUUAUAUAUACAUAAUUUCCUGAAAAUAAAUUCUAUCAAUAGCAUAUGACAGUUUUAAGGAGAAGUAUGUAUAUAUUGGUAGUGAGAUGUGAAACUUUCUUCACGCAAUAUGUUUUAAGUAGUUUCUCUCAUAACUUGAUAUGUAUUUUAAAUGUCUGUGCGUACAUCAUAUGUCUUGUGAGAUUUAACUUGAUAUCCUUCUGUAGAAAAAUUUAUGUUUUUGACUAUUAACCAGGUUCAAGAGGUACAAUAUCUCCCACUUGGGUUGUGGACCUCUGUAGAGUUACAAUGUAUUGCAUGGUAUUCUGUAACCCUAUCUCAGCAUAUGUAGGAAAUACUUAUUUGCAAAUGUUGCUUACCUUCACAUGAAAAAAUAUGUGUCUUUUUCUCUUCUUACAGUCUUGAAUAGAAUUCAUAUUAGUCAAACAGCUGGUGACAUUAAAACAGAUGCUUAUUUAUAAGUCUUUAGCUUUGCUCUAGUCAAUAUGCUAUUGGAUACCACUUAAAUAUUGCUUACAUAACUUUCACAAGCUUUAUUUGUUGUGGAAUAUUCAUUAUAGUCAUUGUCAGUAGUGUUAUUGUUCUAGAAUGUUUUGUGUAAACUUUAAUUUUGUAGAAGAUACUUUUGUGUGUAAUAUGUUAAAAGUUUAAUCUGUAUUUUUAUGAGACUUUGAUGUUUUCCAAAUUUUGUAUUAAGAGCUUAGUAUGAGGUACCCACUCUUGGAGAGUAAAGUACCCUUUCAUUUUUUUCCAAUCAAAAAUUUAUUUCAAGUUUAAAACUUUUGUUUGAGGACAGCAGAGCAUUUCUACAUGUUUUUUCUCUAUUGAAGUGGAUAAUUUAUGUUGGCCAAAUCUACAUUCAAAUUUUAUGAGCUUAAUCCAUUUAGAUUGUACUGGUCAACUAGCAUGGUAAAUACCAUAAUUAAUUAUUUGAGGGCCACAUUCAUUGUGAUAGAAUUUUGUUCCAACACGUCUCCAAUUUUCAUCAAAGCCAAAUUGUGUUCAAUGGAUGGUCAUUCUAGUUGUACAAGCUAAAUCAAAUCUGAACAAAUGAAGUGUUGUUAGAUACAAAAGUGAUCAUCUCUACUUCAUUAGCUGCCAGCUAUUGCAAAGUUUGGCAAUUCAAUCGAUUUUGGAACUUCUGUAUUCUUAAAUAAUUUUGAUUUCUAGUCAGAAAACAAGGUAGGACAAUGCUGCCAUUUGUUAUAUUUCAACUACUGUUUCUCUUUUUAAAUUCACCUCUGUGUUCUCAAAAGCUCUUGGUUUAUAUGUGGUUUUGUAUUUUCUCUAAUUUUUUGGAAAGAGCUUUGAAAUGGAUCAAAAGUUUUAGACAAACAUUUCCAAAAAUGUGAUAUUUAGUUUUUGACAAUGCGCAUACUAGCCAAAACAAAGUUAAAUGGUGCUGAAUCAAGAUUGACAGCAAAUAAUAUCAAACAUUAAAAUUUCUAUGAAAGGAAUCCAAGUUUCGUUUCUAAGGCUGAACCAUACCUCUUUUGAUGUCCGGCAUUGUUCAUAGCUUUCAAGUUGCCUAUGCACCUUUAAUAUCACAUCCCUCAUUGCCUGUAAGUACCAAUCAAAGCUGCAUUAAUGCAAUUCAAAUUAUACCUCCAUAUUUUGACUUGCUGCUGCCUUAGACUGUCUGUGGAUAAAACUGAUAUUUGUGAUCUGACUGUUAGUCAUUUUUGCUAUGAUUUAUUCUUAGGUUUCGCUCACAUAUCUGUUUUAAAAAUGGGUUUAAUGUUUGAUUAAAGUUGGUCUAAUUUGUAAUUGUAAUACAGCACGUGCAUGUGUCAUAACUAAAAUGGUCUCGUUAGCUGAUAUCUGUCACAUAAUUCAGUCCCCCUUUGUUUAUUGCUGAAAUUAUGAGCAGAUAACGAGGCCUCUAAGGAACUCUUCCAGGAAUAACAAUUUGCAUAUGUGAUUCAGGUGCUAAAUCUAGGAGUCACAAGAGUUCUGUCAAUGGUGUGCCGAAGUAUUCGUCUUUUACAUAUACCAUAGGUGAAAGGGAAUGGCCUUAAGAUUUUGCUUGUUUGGCUCAUUAUUACAAACUGUUGUGUGAUAUUUUUAUUUGACUGAUAUGUGCAUUAAAGGAAUAAACUUUAAACAUUAAGAAGUA